ACUGACGAUCUACAAUCCCACGGUAUACGAUUCCGGAAUGUACACCGUAAAUGCGACGGCUGGCUCGGUUCACUCUCAUUUCAAUAUGCCUGUUUACGUUCCCGAGAAACCGAUCGCACAUCUUAAUGAGUCAAAGUUCGUGAAGCCGGGUGAAACAGUUGAUUUCAUGUGCCGUAGCAUUGGCUGCCCGGUACCGGUGAUUACCUUCAUGUUUAAACCAUGCCUGGAAGAGUCGUGGCAAAACUGUUCCAUGGCGGAUAAACUGGCGCAUAAUUGGAAUAUGGUCAACUGUACAAAUGAAACCUCGAUCGCAUCAUCGUGCAACUACACAUUUAUCGCCAAUCAGCCAGGAAUCGUGUACUGUAAGGCGACCAACACUGAAGGAAGCGAAACCGUACAGACCAAUCUGCUGGUGAGCGAUCUACCCGCACCGAUCGUUAUGGAGCGGGUACACCCUAAGGAGAUUGUAACCGUCGGCGAUACAGUAACGUACGUUUGCUCGGCGCUUGUCUACAACUACACUAAAGAAAUCAUCUUUAAGCUCAAUGGAAAAGAACUACAUGAUAGAGUCAUUGUAACCUACUCAGCCAAAUCGUUCGCCUGGGAAGCUCGGCUGACGAUCGAUAACGUAGCACGUGAACAAUCUGGUGAAAUCUCUUGCUACGUAAAGACCAUCGAUGGGGCGACGGAAAGUAACACCACUUACAUGGACGUGCUAGUUCCGGUGGCUCCGAAGUUAUUGUCGGAGAGCGAGGAGCAGAGUAUGACUGUCGACACAACAUCUAUCAUUGUUUUUGAUUGCGAUGUCAUUGGAACGCCUGAGCCCGAAAUAACAUGGUUUAAGGAUAACAUGCCACUAGAAAUAGAGAAAAAUAACUCACGCAUUCACCUUACCAGAACGGUUCUCACCUACGAAUAUAUGAAACCAGAUGAGCUCGGGUUGUAUGAGUGUAGGGCAGAGAAUAAGGAAGGCAAAAUCAUAAAAUCCUGGAAUGUUGAUGUCCGCACUGCUGUGGUGAAGAAGACCCUUAUCUAUGCCAUCGUUGCGCUACUGCUACUGCUGAUUAUAGCGAUUGUCCUCAUUUCGUUGUUCUACUGCAAAAAAAAGAAGGAGGUGAAGGCCAUGAAGGCAGCCGGUUUAGCCAAUUUUGAGGAAGGUAAUCUGAGGUGCUACAAUCCCCACGUUGCGCUCGAUGAACAAGCUGAUCUACUUCCCUACAACUCGGAAUACGAGUUCCCGCGAGACCGGCUCAAGCUCGGAAAGCAGCUCGGAACCGGGGCAUUCGGUGUGGUUAUGAAAGCGACGGCCACCGGUAUCAUGGGGAACAAAGGUGAAACAAUUGUCGCGGUGAAGAUGGUGAAGAAACAAACGGACAACGAGGUAAUGCGAGCAUUGAUUUCGGAACUCAAGAUCAUGGUCCACCUGGGACAGCACCUUAAUGUGGUCAAUCUGCUCGGAGCCGUCACCAAGAACAUUGCCAAACGCGCACUCAUGGUUAUCGUAGAGUACUGUCCAUUUGGUAAUGUCCAAAAUUUCCUACUAAAAAGCCGACCACAUUUUAUCGACCAAAUCAAUCAGGAAACGAGUGAGAUCGAUCCGACGAUCGAGAAGAACGAACUAAGGUGGUCUAAAUGUGGUUACCAAUACAAUAGCGGGACAACUCAACCUUACGCCGAUCCGAAGAAACAACUCAACUCUAAGGGCUACAUGCGCCACUCAGGAAUGCAGAACAUGGGUAUGAUCGAUAGUUGCAACACUGAAUCCACGGCUCUAACAUCGAUUGAAGUGGAAGAUCUGAACUCGAUCAUCCUGAAUGAAUCAUUUUGGCAAAAAGUUAGUACAGUCAAUACAACGGACCUGGUUUGCUGGGCCUCACAGAUUGCUGCGGGUAUGGAGUACCUAGCAUCACGCAAGGUACUUCACGGUGAUCUGGCUGCACGUAACAUUCUUUUGUGCGAAGAUAACGUGGUCAAAAUUUGUGACUUUGGAUUGGCGCGCUCGAUGUACAAGAGCGAUAACUACAAGAAGAAAGGCGAGGCACCGUUACCAUUCAAGUGGCUAGCCCUCGAGUGCAUCAGCGACAACGUGUUCAGCACAUACUCCGAUGUGUGGGCCUAUGGCAUCGUCCUCUGGGAACUGUUCUCCCUGGGCAAGGUUCCAUAUCCGGGCAUGGAGGCAAACCAGGAGCUCUACAACAAGCUGCGCGAUGGGUACCGGAUGGAUAAACCACAAUUUUCGAACCACGAUAUUUAUGACAUUAUGUUGAACUGCUGGAACGUCAAGCCAGACUCGCGACCAACGUUCCAAGAUCUUAAGAGCCGAUUUAAUGCCAUGCUUCCAGAUGAGAUGCGAGAUCACUACAUGGAACUCAACGAGCCUUAUUUGGCGAUGAAUGCCGAGAAAAUUGAACGAGGCGAGACGGACUAUUUGGCCAAUCUAGGACCACCAGAGGAGUUGGCUCCCCCUGCACCAAACUACGUUAACGGUAUAAUCCUACCUUUGCCUCCCAUCUCCGAAAUACGCAAAGAUAAAGACUAUCUCAAAAUGUCGGGAACAAAGUCGGACUCAGACGACAGUCACUUCGAUUUCGCUAACAUCAGCAGCGAACGCCAUUCGUCUACUAUUCGCAACAAAGUCGAUACUAGUCCACCCAAUGGCAGCAAACGACACAAGAAGAAGGGGCUCCCGGAGGAAAUACCAAUGCUGGAUAUAAAUCCGACCGAAUCGGAACCGAGGGAGCGCACUAGCAAACCCAUCUUUGAACCAGAGUACAUAAUCCUCAAGACUAGCAAAGAACCUGAGAUACGGGGCGUUGGUUGCAAUGAUGAGCUAGCACAAUGAGUAUGGUUGACGAGAAACGCUUCUAGUGGAAGUCUUCUGAAGUCUUCUGAAGCAAACAAGACGUACAGCAUUUCUCAUCAGUGUUUCGGUGACGUGCAGUAGAACCCGAUUUUUGAAGUAGCUGGCCGGCAAUCUACACCCUCAUACCCUCAUACCUUGCAAUACUCGGACGUUAGUUAUCCAGCUGGCGUUGUUUAAAGAAUUUUUUAUUAUCUUCUUUUAGCAGGACAUUACCGGAUCGCUCGUGGGUCUUUGCAUACAUGCCUUUAUGCACGUUAUGAAUGAUUCUCAUAAGUGAAAUGUAUGAUUCAUGAGAAACAAACCUCUCAGAUCACAAGCCAGUGGGGUUUACCCCGUCGGCAAACGCCACACAGCCAACUCACUAUGGAAACAUAAUGGGGUCCGCACGCGGCGCAGUGUUGACUAUGGUUUGGGAUUUGCCUAACCGUGAAUAUUGCUAGAACAAUGCACAAUAUCAGCUCCUAUGUAUUUUCGUCAUUUGUUUUAUGAGGCUAGUCAUUGUAUUUUUUAACAUAUGUAAUCAAGGUUACUAUAAUAAUAACCGUAUGUUUAAGUUUUUGGCAGCAAAUUGGUAAGCAACAAUAUAUACGUGCAUAUACGCAUGCUGUUUAUCAAUUAUUUCGAUGAUUAUGAUGGUUUUUUGUUGGUCCCAUACACCAUUCUUCGAAGAACUUUGGUCAGUUAUGUGCAAGUAUGUGGCGAGUGCAGUUCCAUUUCGUAAGCCGUUCAACAUAUUUUUUUUGGUGCCGAACACAUUUUAAUAUAAAGUAAAAUUGAAGUAUUGACAUCCUAUAAGGAGUGAGAAUCGUGUAAAAUACAGCUAGUGCUGAUGCCAAAACCCAUUAUUGUUUUGCUGUUAUAUACGUCAUCCUACUGUUCAAUAAAGUUAAUUAAUGAAU